AUGGCUUUGCAAGAUGUAUGCGGCUUGCACAACCCCCCUCUGUUCCCUCAAUGGAGUGCUCCACUCUCACGGUUCUUUAUGCCGGAAGAUUCCACUCAUCUGUCCGGAGGGGGGAUUCACGGAGAAGCUCUUUCUACAAGGCUGCCUGGGAGGGGCGGCUUGAGUCCUCUGGAGUUUUACAUGCCAUACCUUACAGAGAGCCCUGUAAACUUUGGUCAAACAAGCCUCAGUUCAGCGCCGACAAACCUACUGAAAAUAGACCAUCUACACCCCUCUCUGCCGUCCAUCUCUCUUCCUCCACCCACACCUUUCUCUCUCUCUCACGGCACCACGACUCUCGGCUUCGCGUUCCAGGGAGGAGUGAUCGCCGCAGCCGACAGGCGUUCCAGCUGCUCGGGGCUGGUGGCCUGUCCCGCGUCCCCGAAGGUCUUACCCAUCUACUCUCACCUGGUCGGCACCACCUCCUGACUCCUGGCACGGGAGCUCAGGCUGUACCAGCUUCGACACCGCCGCAGGCUGUCAACAGGGGGCGCUGCCAAACCGAUGCAUCCAUUCAAAGGCACGGAACUGUGCGUCGCAGCCAAGCUGUGUGGAUGGGAUGGGGAUGACCCAACAAGUCUCCAAAAGUCGUUCGACAAUAUGAGAAUAUGCGGCCCGCGGGUUAUUUAUGUGUGCAGUGACGGGCUGCGCCUGCAGGGGGAGCUGUUCUCUGUGGGCUCGGGGUCUCCCUAUGCAUACUCGAUCCUGGACAGCAGCGUUUUCUGGGGAAUGAGCGCACAGGAGGCCACUGAGGUCGCCAGGGAGGCCGUGUUCCGCGCCACCUACAGAGACGCGUACUCAGGCAACAAUGUCGAUCUCUACCAUGUGACCGCCAAAGGGAGGAGGCGCAGAGAGAGGCUUCAUCACAUCUGUUCAUAG